AUGAAUGGAAGUUGGGGUACUGCAGCGCAACCUGUAUCGAGUGAAACAAACAGCUCAGAAUCCCGAUACUGUCUCGAUUUUACAGAGAGAAAUAGUGGAUACGGCGCUGCGAAGUCCCUGUCGCCAAGUGGAGCUGCUGGGUUCGCUGUGAAAGCAAUCUACGACUACACCGCUGCAGAUAAAGACGAAGUGUCGUUUUUGGAAGGUGACGUCAUUGUAAAUUGUGAGAAAGUGGAUGACGGAUGGAUGACCGGAACAGUUCAACGCACACUACAAUGGGGUAUGCUGCCUGCAAAUUAUGUUCAACCGCACAAGCUGCCUACUGGACUAGCCAGAUUCAAAUGA